ACCGCUCUCAAAUCUCAACGGUGAUAAACUUGGAGACAAGGAACAGAAAGCGUGUGUGAUUGGUUGGUGGAUUCACUGACGUUAUCUGUUCCCUUCAAUUGCACAGACCCAUCUUCAAAAUUUGCUGAAGUACACAAGACCCGGAACACACUCUCAAGUCUCAUCUCACUCUUUCAGUUCUCCUCCAAUGGAGAUCAUCACCUUGAAGCAGGCUCUAAUCCCAGCUAGCCUGCGUAGUGCGUCUAUUUCAGCCUUCGGGUUUCCUCCUCCUUGUCUGAAAUUCCAUCCCGCUAAUCAUGGCAGAAGGCUUCUCAUGACAAGAGCGGCUGUUGCUGUUGAGCAGCAGGCGCAGACCAGGGUUUCACUCAUAAGGAUAGGCACAAGAGGGAGCCCAUUAGCACUUGCUCAGGCUUAUGAGACACGGGAUAAACUGAUGGCCACACAUCCGGAACUAUCUGAAGAAGGGGCAAUUGAAAUUGUAAUUAUAAAAACAACAGGUGAUAAGAUACUCACUCAACCGCUUGCAGAUAUAGGUGGAAAGGGCCUUUUUACGAAAGAGAUAGAUGAGGCACUCUUGAAUGGUGAAAUUGAUAUUGCUGUCCACUCAAUGAAGGAUGUGCCUACAUAUUUACCUGAUGGGACAAUUUUACCAUGCAACCUUCCACGUGAGGAUGUUCGAGAUGCAUUUAUUUCAUUGAGUGCACGAUCUCUGGCUGAGCUUCCAGCUGGCAGUAUAGUUGGUAGUGCCUCCCUUAGAAGAAAGUCACAAAUACUGAACAGAUAUCCUUCUCUUAAAGUGGAGAUGAACUUCAGAGGCAAUGUUCAGACACGGUUGAGAAAAGUUAGGGAAGGAGAGGUCCAAGCAACCUUAUUGGCAUUGGCUGGGCUCAAACGCCUUGAUUUGACAGAGAAUGUUACUGCAAUUCUAUCUAUUGAUGAAAUGAUUCCUGCUGUUGCUCAAGGAGCAAUUGGAAUUGCAUGUCAAAGCAAUGAUGAUAAAAUGGCUAAUUACAUAGCUUCCUUGAACCAUGAAGAAACCAGACUAGCAGUUGCAUGUGAGAGGGCUUUCCUUGAGACCUUAGAUGGGUCAUGUCAAACCCCAAUUGCAGGUUAUGCAUGUAAGGACAAUGAGGGCUACUGCAUAUUUAGAGGUUUGGUGGCCUCCCCAGAUGGAACCCAAGUAUUUGAAACUUCAAGGAAAGGUCUAUAUAUUCUUGAAGAUAUGAUUGCAAUGGGAAAGGAUGCUGGCAAGGAACUACUUUCACGGGCAGGUUCUAGUUUCUUUGACAACCUUAAAAAAGCACCAAAAUAAAAACACAGAGAGAGAGAGAGAGAGAUGUUUGGCGUGGCUUUCAGCUUUCAUUUUUGUAGGUGUGUCCAAAAGGAUAGCUUUUGAGUUAUUUGUAUUUUCUAAAUGUAAUGGAUAUGGUUGUAUGACUCGUUGUAUAUUUAGAGAUGGCAUGUUUUGAUUAACAGGAGAUUUCAUUCUUUA